AUGGGGUCACCAAUCUCUGGACUCAUCGCAGAAAUCGCAAUGCAGAAACUGGAGCGAAUCGUACUACCAGAUAUCAAACCGCAAAUAUGGGUACGAUAUGUGGAGGACACAUUCGCUGUUGUAAGGGAAAAUGAACUACUACGAGCGGAGGAACUGCUGAACAACGUGUUUCCCGACAUCCAAUUUACAAUGGAAACUGAAGAGAACAACAAUUUGGCGUCCCUAGACGGAUUCGCGACAGGCUUUAUGGGCGAAGAAGAGAAAUAUUCUCACGAUCCGAAGUCCAUGAAUCAGGACAAUACGUAG